UUUCCUUUUUGAUUCCACAUUAUCUAUUAGUCAUUACUGUGACAUUGACAGUUAAUUUUAGGUUAAAAUUUUGAGUGUGUACAUUUUUUUUUUUCAUAUUUAAAGGGGGGCCCAAUUUUUUUGGAUGUUAUUGAAAUUCGUGCGUGCGUGAAAUUCGCAAAGAUGGACUUGCAGACGAUGAAACCUCGACAAUUCUCGGGGCAACUUUACAAGUACACGAAUGUUAUGAAGGGAUGGCAGUACAGGUACUUUAUGGUCGAUGGUAGCUCUGGCCACUUGCACUAUUAUCUGUGCGAAGGAGAGAAACCGGAUGGGGCUAUACCGAGGGGGUCAGUGCAUCUGGCCGGUGCUGUUAUCUGUCCGAGUGAGGAGGAUUCGAAGACUUUCACAGUGAACUGUGCUUCUGGGGAUAUGCUUAAGUUGAGGGCAUCGGAUGCGAGGGCCAGGCAGGAGUGGGUUAACGGAUUGAGGGCUGUGGCUGAGUCACAUACGAAGUCGAUUAGUGUGAACAGCACUCCGUUACCACCUAGGGAGCAUCUGGCUGUGCUCGACGCUAUCGGUUGCGCCAAAGCUCAAUUGCAGAGGACCGAGUUGGCUGAUACGACUCUUUGCAGAGCCUUAGAGUCUUCCAGUGCGUCGUUCUUCACCGAUCCCAAUCUUCUGUUGCUCAAGGCCACUUCGGCCGCUUCACUGCAUUGCCUGUUCCAAUGUUUGAACAUUCUGCAGAGGAAUCAGCACCAGCAGCAGGCGCGCACCGGUUUCGUCAUCGACGACGAUUAAUACAUUUCGAGGGCUAGACGUUAUCUGUACGCUUUGCGAAGGUGGCUCUGCUACACGAGGGAGCAUCUAAACUAGCUUUAAGGAUCUUCAGUACUUUCCAGUUAACUUAAUUUUUUAAGUAUCGCGGCUGCCGUGCAAAAACACAGGAAACAAAAGAACGUUCUGGCCCGCUACAACAGACGCCAACGCUUUUUUUUUUACAUCUCUUAUA